AUGUCUAGUGAAAGAGCCUGUAUGCUGUGUGGCAUAGUGCAGACCACAAAUGAGUUUAAUAGAGAUGGUUGUCCCAACUGUCAGGGUAUUUUUGAAGAGGCAGGUGUUUCUACAAUGGAAUGUACGUCGCCUUCUUUCGAGGGCCUCGUAGGAAUGUGUAAGCCUACUAAGUCGUGGGUAGCAAAGUGGCUGAGCGUAGAUCAUAGUAUAGCUGGUAUGUACGCCAUCAAGGUCGAUGGUAGACUACCAGCUGAGGUUGUGGAGCUGUUGCCUCACUACAAACCGAGGGAUGGCAGUCAAGUUGAGUAA